GUUUUGUUUCUUUCAAUUCCUGUCCGUCAUGCCCGUCAUCAGCAUUGGUGCAACCGGUUUGGAUAUAUUUGACAUGGCAUGGAUUGAUUGCACACCUUUCACAUCCUCCCUCCAUCGUCAUGUCAUGUCUUCCGUAAAGGACAGCUUAAGGUAGCUUGGCCUUUUUGCUUCUCUCCCCAUCCAUCUCUCAUGAGUCUCCCACUUCUCCCACUUCCGCCUUCUUUCACACAUUUGAGUUAGGACUUUCGAGGUCCGAGUCCUCUCAGCCACUCACUGGUUUAUCAUCAAGUGCCUCUUGCACUCAGCGCCGCCUGUCCUGUCCGUCUUUCGGGCUUCUGCUCUUUCGCCCGCCAUGCCUUCCAUCUUCCGCUUGUUGUUGUUGCUGCUGCCAGUCCUUCCUCCUCCUCCUGUCAUAUUCGGCAUCCGCCAUCUGUCACCCACCCAACCUCCGUGGCCCGUCACGUCACCCAUUCUCCGCUAUCCACCGAGCCCGACGGCCCGUUACGAUGUGGUGUUGCGUGUCAACGAAGUGCUUGUGAUGGGCAAACACGCACCGCACCCCUUGAUUCAAUCUUGACCCACUGGAUCUCCAGGGACGGACCAGACAAAUAAGUCUUCACAAGUUAAUGUUUGAAGUUUGACAGCCUUUGGCCAUGAGAUGGCGCACCCUCCACGGACGGCAUCCGGUGAUACUGACUGACGUUAACGUUUGACACCUCGCGAGGUUGACAAAAAGAUCUCGUCACGAGUACCUACCGGGGGGGAUUAGUAGACGCUGCUGGACCGUCGUGACCUGUUGUUGCUAUUAGUGUCUUCUGUCUUGUCCGCGAGUUCUUGGUGUAGCAGAGGAGUUUCCCAAACUUCUCAAGGACUUACACCGAGCAGACGCCGUGCGGACAGACCGACCCUCGCCGAGGUACCUAACCCUCAUCCUAUACAUACAGCAGGGGGCGCGCGAAAACAAACAUUCCCUCCUCAAAAACUUCGAAACAUCAACAUUUAAACUGCAGAGACAGACGGCAGAGAAGGUUAACGAUUUCCAUCCGCGCAAGCUGUUCCCGAUCUCCCUACGUUCCACAGCCUUUACACCAUGCAGGCUGGCGAACGGCGAACUAGCUGGCGGCCUUUGGCGGAAGAAAACGCCAUCUCACCCGGGAAGCGGCAGGGCAUCGUCAUCGUUUGAUGUGCAGCUAUCCAUCUCUCCCUCUUUCCAUUGCUCCGACGGACAUUCAUUGGCCAUUCAUCUGGACAUCCAACGGCGUUGAGGCGAUCAAGCGAUCAAGAGAAAGCUCAUCCGGCAUUGACUCGAUCCUUCGAUAGCUGAUUCAUCC